GGAGAUGGGGACGCUGAAGAAAACAAAAGCACUGCCGCGACGUAGCAGUGCCUCAGAGUACGACCGGACCAGAGACGCAACUCCUACACAUGCACACACACUCUCUCACACACACACAGACGUGCUCAGACAUUCACACAGAGCUGAAUCUGAAGAAGCAGGAGCUGAGAUGGCCGUGACAGGAGCUGAUGAAAUGCCUCGGCAGUUCCCCAAGGUCACGCUGAGUGACGUGGAUGAGGAGGUGCGCCUGCUGGCCGAGAAGGUGUACGCCUCUGCGCUAAAGGAGGAGGAGAAUAAAGACGCCAUCUCCAUGUAUACCGUGCCUGAAGACUGUCCCAUCGGCCUUCAGCAGGCCAUAGACAGGGAGCUCCUCCGGGAGCUGGCCGAGCAGCAGUCCGAGGAGACGGCCAAGAGGAAGAAAAGUUUGAAGAUGAUUCGAUCUCAGUCCAUGCAAAACCCUGCUUGUGUGGACUGGGCAAGACCUGCACCCACUCCGCUCGUGGUCCCGUCCUUCACUUGUCCAUCCGUACCGGACAACUUCCCUGAGUACCAGAGAGUCACCAUCAGUGGGGAUUACUGUGCCGGGAUCACUGUCGAAGACUACGAACAAGCAGCGAAAAGUCUUCUGAAGGCGUUAUUCAUCCGGGAGAAAUACUCGAAGCUGGCGUACCACCGUUGCCCCCAGACCACCACCAGGUUCUUGCGGAGUGCUGAGAAUUUAACGUGGAGAGAGGAAGAUGAAGUCCUGCCAGACAUCUGCCCAUGCCCUCAGGAAGGAGAGGAUCCCUACAGCAUGGAGAACAUUCCGGAGAACCUGAGCUACAAGCUGAAAAUGAGGGACGGGAUUAUAUACGUGUACGAGAAUGCAGCGGCUCUCGAAGAGAACAGACCCCACUGUCUGCCGUACCCUGACCUCGAGACGUUUGCCAUCGACAUGAGCCACGUACUGGCCAUGAUCGCAGACGGUCCCACGAAGACGUACUGCCACAGAAGACUGAACUUCCUGAGCUCGAAGUUCUACCUGCAUGAGAUGCUCAAUGAAAUGGCUGAGCUGAAAGAACUCAAAGGGGUCCCACAUCGAGAUUUCUACAACGUCAGGAAGGUAGACACACACAUCCACGCCGCAGCCUGUAUGAACCAGAAACAUCUGCUUAACUUCAUCCAGAGCACCUAUAAGACAGACGCAGAGCGUGUGGUGCUGGAGAAGGCCGGAGAGAGACUGACCCUCAAACAGGUCUUCGACAACCUCAACAUGGACCCCUAUGACCUCACUGUGGACUCGCUGGACGUCCAUGCUGGCAGGCAGACGUUUCAUCGCUUCGACAAGUUCAACGCCAAAUACAAUCCGGUGGGAGCGAGCGAGCUGCGAGAAAUCUACCUGAAAUCCGACAACUACAUCAAGGGAGAGUAUUUUGCACGUUUGAUAAAGGAAGUCGCUCAUGAUCUGGAGGAGAGUAAAUACCAGCACGCCGAGCCCCGCCUCUCUAUCUACGGCCGCUCCCCGGAGGAGUGGGAGAGCCUUUCCCAUUGGUUUAUUCAACAUAAAGUCCACUCCCCCAACAUGCGCUGGGUCAUCCAGGUGCCCAGAAUAUAUGAUAUUUUUGUGUCACGGAAGCUGAUUCCUAACUUCGCCAAGAUGCUGGAGAACAUCUUCCUGCCCUUGUUUGAGGCGACGGUGAAUCCUCAGAAGCACAAAGAGCUGCACGUGUUCCUCAAAUAUGUGACCGGCUUUGACAGUGUGGAUGACGAAUCCAAGCACAGCGAUCACAUGUUCUCUUAUAACAGCCCCAAACCUGAGCAGUGGACCACCGACGAGAACCCGCCUUACAGCUACUACCUCUUCCACAUGUACGCCAACAUCAUGGUGCUCAACAACCUGCGCAAAGAGCGAGGUCUGAGUACCUUCCAGUUCCGUCCACACUGUGGUGAGGCCGGCUCCAUCACUCAUCUGGUUUCAGCUUUUCUCACUGCUGAUAACAUCUCUCACGGCCUCAACCUCAAGAAGAGCCCCGUCCUUCAGUACCUGUACUACUUGGCCCAGGUACCCAUCGCCAUGUCCCCCCUAAGCAACAACAGUCUGUUCUUGGAGUACUCGAAGAACCCGCUGCGAGAUUUCCUGCACAAGGGUCUGUGUGUGUCUCUGUCCACUGAUGACCCCAUGCAGUUCCACUACACCAAGGAAGCCCUAAUGGAGGAGUACGCUAUUGCAGCUCAGCUCUGGAAGCUGAGCACAUGUGAUUUAUGCGAAAUCGCCCGAAACAGCGUCCUGCAGAGUGGACUCUCUCAUCAGGAGAAAAAGCACUUCCUCGGUCCUGACUACUUAAAGGACGGACCUGAAGGGAACGACAUCCGGCGCACCAACGUGGCACAGAUCCGCAUGGCCUACAGAUACGAAACGCUGUGUAACGAGCUCAGCUUCCUGGUGGACGCGGUGAAAUCCGAGACCCUGACCUCACAGAUGUAGUCAGAGGGACACACACACACACACCCUGCCAUGAGACUGUAGCCAUACACACACACACACACACACACACACACACACACUUGCAUGCUGCCUUGUACACAAGACAUCAGGUAUAACGUAACCGCUGCUGUUUGAGUGAACCUGCCUCACUAUAAUCCACACUGCAAGUCUUCCAUGUGAGUUCAGGUCUGAACGCGUGUUCGUCUCCGAGGAGGUGCUGCUCAGUGCAUCAGGGACUGACGAGAUGUAGUCGAAAGCCAAUGCAAUGCUGCCCCCUGGUGGAGGCGGUCAUAUUUUAUCAACAGAAGUGACUCGAAACGUUAAACUGUAGCGUAUGCUUUUAUAGUGGUCUCGAAUGUAGAAUACGUGCAUUCACAUUCUCUCUCUCUCUCUCUCUCACACAGAGAUUCUCACCAGUAGAAGAAUGUUCUGAGCUGUAGAGCCCUACAAUGCUGAGUGAAGCUAUAAACCCGAGACCUCAUUUAUCGAAUGUACAAGAUUCUAGAAGAACUUGAAAACGUAGCCUUGUAGCUAAUGUGCUGUAUGUUCAUCCAACACCUUGAAAACUUCGCAGCCAUUAAUCUCAUAAAAUAUUGCACAUGAUGUAUAUUAAGAGAAACAGAUGAUACGUGAUCGCUCUAUAGCAUGUUAUUCUUGUAUUAAUACCGAAAUAGUCUGGAGAGAAAAGCAAAUUUAUCUUUUAUUAUAACUGAU